CCUUGAUGGGUGGGACAGGAGGAGGGGUAGCCCUGGGAGGAUUCAUCACCAUUUAGUUCACCUGGGCCAAGUAUGAAUCAGUAGCCACACUAGGCCUCGGCUGGGCCACAUCUGGAGAGCUGGGGUGAGGGCAUAACAUCGCAAAAUACCUGGCCCUAGCCCAAUCAAACAUCUCCUUUUGGGCAACAAGGAAACUAGCCUGUGACCUGAAAAUACAACACCUGAGACAAAGGCCAGCAGCAACACUGCCUGCCCUCACCCCUUCUGCCCCUGCUUCCACCUGCUUCCUGCCUGCCCACCCACUAAGACCCAUGCCGCAUGUCAUCUCUCGAACGCCUAGGAAGCCCCAGAGUCGGCAUCCUUCAGGUCUGCCUACAGAUAAGAAUACCUCCUUGAGUAUCACUCGAGUGACAGUGAAGACACCAGGCAGCCAGAAAGACUUUAUGAUACCUGAUGACACCUUGGUGAGGCAGUUCAAGGAGAAGCUAUCGGCUCACUUCCAAUGUCAAAUGGACCAACUAGUGCUGGUCUUCAUGGGCCGCCUUCUCAAAGACCAUGACACGCUGAGCCAGAGGGGCAUCAUGGAUGGCCACACUAUCCACCUGGUCAUCAAGUCCAAGCAUAGCUCCAGAUCCCCAGCCCAUUCCUCCUCAAACCUUCCAACCAAUGAGCCCUUCCACCACCAGGACAGAAACACCAAAGGAAACAGCAGUGCGGUGCACCAACCUGCUGGCGUGAAUCAAGCCCCAGUGGAAUCAUCUCACUCUGUGGGGUCUGAUGCACCCAAGGUUCACACCCAGAACCUGGAAGUGGGCAGUCCAAAGCACACAGCACAGAUUCUGGAGAAUCCUAGCAUCCGGAGGCUUCUAUCCAACACAGAGUUCAUGCGGCAGUUCAUCUCAGAACACCCAGACAUGCAACAAUUGAUGCAGCAGAACCCAGAGAUCUCCCACCUCCUUGACAAUUCUGAGAUCCUUUCGCAGACCCUGGAGCUGGUCAGGAACCUUGCCAUGAUCCAAGAGAUAAUGCAGAUACAGCAACCUGGACGGAACCUUGAGCAUCCACCAAACCCACAGCCACAUUUGGGCUUAGAGACAAUGCCAAGUGGGAACAAUACUGUGGGUCAGAGCUGUGCUGAUUUCAAUGAUCAACUUCUCAACAGCAGGCAAGAUCCUUUUGAAAGCAAUCCUUUCAUAGCUCUCCUAGCAGGACAACUGCUGGAUCAAUUCAAAUCCUCCCACCCAUCUCCGUCACCAUCCCAGGAAGGGCGGGAUCAGCUACCUAAAACCCGAGUCAUUUAUACUAGUUCUCGUGGUUUAUCUUCAAUCACCUCAGCCAAUGGAACCUCCAACAAGGUCAACCAUACUACCAGGGCCAAUACUGCCACUAUUUCCACCAAGGGACAGAAUCACAUUUGUGCCCUUCGUCAGCCAGCUGGGAUACCAGCCUUACCUAGUGUAGAGCUCACCCAGAAGCCCCAGGAUGAAGACAAGGAUGCCACUAUCUCUUUAAGUAGCUCUGAACAGAGAUUUGAGAAUGAUUUCCAGCUGUUGGAUGAACAGACUAACUCCCAGAUCACAGGAAGCAUGAUGCAGUUGCUUAUGAACAACCCCUACUUGGCAGCUCAGAUGAUGUUGUUCGUGAGUAUCCCCCAGCUAAGUGAACAGUGGCAGCAGGAGUUGCCCACAUGGCUGCAGCAGUUACAGCUUUCUGACCUACUUAUAGCCCUAGCAAACCCUAAAGCAUCCCAAGCAAUAUUGCAGAUUGAGCAGGGUCUCCAGCUGUUGGCCACAGAGGUUCCUAUUCUUUUGCCCUGGGUUGCACCCUACUUAGGGGGCCAGGGUUGGCUUCCUGCUCCCAGCUGCAGCUACCCUGACACAGUGCCCUGGCCCUGGAAUGCUCCAGAUAUAACUGAAUCCAAAGGACCUGAGUACUGUCAUAAGUCUGGAGCAGUCCUACAGAGACUACAGUCUCUGGAUGGGGAUCCUUCCCACACUCUACAAGCCCUUGAGAUUCAUUUCAAAAAGCAGAUGGAAUCCCUUCAGGCCAUGGGAUUCCAGAACCACCAUGCUAAUCUACAGGCACUUAUUGCUAGUGAGGGGGACACCAGUGCUGCUAUCCGUAAGCUCAAGAGGUCCCAGGGAUUCUAACCACCAUGCCUACCUGUUUGCUUGCUACCUGCCGGCUAACCCACUUGACCACCUCAUCAGCCAUUUCCACCUCUUCUGAUGCUUCCAGCCAGAAGAAGUCCCGGAAUAGGAGUUACCAACCAGUGCUUUCUAAACUGAAAAAUAGAUCAUUGGCCAUGGUUGGAAGAGUUGUCAAUAAAAUGGCUACACCUACUUGCCCCCA